AUGGCGCAAUCUUUCAAACUCCCUGACCCGCGGCCGCUCAUUACGCUGAUCUUCAUGGGCCACGUGGACGCGGGCAAGAGCACGACGUGCGGAUACAUUCUCGUCGAAACCGGCCAGGUCGACCAGCGCUCUCUCGAGAAGUACGAGAAGGAAGCGAUCGAAAACAACCGCAGCAGCUGGUACUAUGCGUACAUCAUGGACAUUAACGAAGAAGAGCGCGAGAAAGGCAAGACCACCGAGGUCGGACAGGCGAAGUUCGACAUCGGGGAUCGCCGCUUCGCGAUCCUCGACGCGCCGGGCCACAAGUCUUUCGUGCCCGAAAUGGUCGGCGGCGCCGCGCAGGCGGACGUCGGCAUUCUGAUCGUGAGUGCGCGGCGCGGCGAGUUCGAAGCGGGCUUCGAGAACGGCGGGCAGACGCAAGAGCACGCGCUGCUGGCGAAGACGCUCGGCGUGAACUCGCUGAUCGUCGCGGUGAACAAGAUGGACGAGCCGUCGGUGGCUUGGAGCGAAGAGCGCUACGAGGCGAUCGUGCAGAAGCUCACGAGCUUUCUGCGCUCGAACGGCUACAACGUGAAAACCGACGUGUUUUUCUUGCCAAUCACCGGGCUCUCCGGCGACAACAUCAAGCUUAACCCGGGCGUCAAGAGCAACCCGAACUACUCGCCCGCGGCGGAGUGGUGCAAAGACAAGCCCACGCUGUUCGAGCUGCUCAGCUCGCUGCCGCUGCCCGCACGCAACCCCAGCGCGCCGCUGCGCGUCACGCUGUCCGGCGGCUACCGCGGCGGCUCGCUGAUGCUCGUCGGCAAGGUCGUCGCCGGCACGGUGGUUAGCGGGCAGUCCGCGCUGCUGAUGCCCGGCAACGUGCCUGUGAAGGUCAACGCGGUGGUCAUCGACGGCGAAGAGUUCACGCACGGCAAGCCCGGCGAGCACGUCGAGCUCAAAGUAUCGGGCGCCGACGACUCGCGCGUCUCGCGCGGGCAGGUGCUCUGCGGGCUCGAACACCCCGUGCCCGUCUCCGACCGCGUGGUGGUGCAGUUCUUCCUCGUCGACGCGCUCGAGCACAAACCGCUGUUCACCGCGGGCUACCGCGCGAUCUUCCACAUCCACACCGCGGUCGUCGAGUGCGAGAUCGAGCUGCUGCUCGAGACGCUCAGCAAGGCGUCGAAGGCCGUCACGAAGAAGCCGAAGUUCGCGAAGGUCGGCAUGAUUGUCAAGGCCGUGCUGCGGCUCGACGCGCCGCAGCCGCUCGAGCCGUUCGUGGAAACGCCGAUUUUGGGCCGCUUCACGAUCCGCGACGAGGCGAAGACCGUCGCGAUCGGCAAGAUCACCAAGGUUCUCGCGUAA